UUUUUUCGAAAUAUUGCAAACUAACCGGCCUUUAAACAUAAUUGGUUGUUUAAAGUUGUACCGGCGUUUGUAUAUGUUUCAGAAAUUAAAAAAAUUGGGAGUUAGUGAGUGAAUUUUAACUUAAAUUCACAUUUGUUGCUCGCGCAGGCUGAUAGUCACGUGAGUCACGAACACUAUAAAGCCGGAGGAGGUCACUGUGCCCGUUAAUCUUCGUUUGAGAGAAAGGCGAAGACUAUCUUCUUCAGCGGUCUAAAGGUUCCUUUUGUGUGGUUGGCCCGUCCAAAGUAAAUUUGUCUUCCACAUGGCCUUCAUAAAAUUUGGAACCAGUACUAGUCCAUGCAAGGUGACCCCUGAAGAGAGGGUAAAAGAGGUUGAAAAUUAUGAUAGCAGGGGAAACUGUGAUCCAGACAAACUUCUACAGUGUCCUUUUGACAAAAACCACCAAAUCCGCUCCUGCCGCUUCCCAUAUCACCUGAUUAAGUGCAGGAAGAAUCACCCAAAACUGGCCAGUGAACUGAAAACCUGUCCAUUUAAUGCUCGCCACCUGGUUCCCAAGCAUGAGCUUGCUCGCCACACAGAGACCUGCGAGGACAGAAUAUCUGUGGACACUGAAGAUGUUGGAAGCAGAAAUGGACAUGUUGGCUGGGAUGUUCCAGUCAACACUUGGGUCAAUCCAAACAUGACUGAGGACUGGGAUAAGGAGGCAGAUAACGUUCAAACUCCAUUUGUGUGGGGUGUAAGCUCCAAGUUGAACCAAAUACUGGCCGCCAGACCCAGUAACAACCUUAGUCCAAACUUCAGAGCUCCCAGUACGCUGCCAUGGCCCAAUUACGAGCUCUAAGGUCUUCCGAAGCUGUUCCUAUGGAUGGGUGUUCUUUGCAUGUUUUGAUCAGUUUGAAUGUGGAUAAACUAUUUGAAACUUCACAUGGCUUGUAGUUGCAUGAAUCUCAUUUAGUCACUAAGUGCAGAGGAUAUUUUACAACAAAUAUAACCUGUAGUUGAGCAAUCUUUUUAUUUUUGCAAGUCUUAUUGUUUUUAAGGUUGUGACAUUGCUGCGUUAGAUUUUUUUUAGUAAAAGUUUCCUUUGUUGAAGAAUUGUGUGGUUUAGUUAUCUUUAAAUGUGCUAACUUUUUUUGUAAGCACUAAAAACGUUGCACUGCAUGUAAACUCUUUUCAUAGAAGUUCCCAUAAUCCAGACAUAAUCUUGUCUGGAACACAGUAGUUAAGGAUUGUUACUUGAAUAUGGUAAUUUAAGCAGCAGUUUAACCCCAUCCCCCAAUUAUGGGUUAAGAUGUGGCUAGUUUGAGAUGUAGGCUUUGAGGUUUACUUUAGGAUUUCAGUAUAGGCUCAGUAGUUAUUUUUUUCCCUCACUGAUAAUUGAAUAAAUUUCUGAGCAUUUGAA